AUUCCGGCAAUUACACCAAAAUUAACAUCUACACCUGGUAAAACUAAUUGGGCAGGUCCAGAUUUAGGUCAACAUAACAAAGAAAUAUUUGUAAAUGUAUUGAAAUUAAGUGAACAAGAAAUUAUAAAAUUACAAGAAAGUCAAAUUAUUGGAAAAACUUUAUGA